AUGAGUGGAGCUGAGCAAAAGUACGGGACUGACUUUACCUCUGUAAGAAUUCACCAAAGACCAGGAGGGAAUUCUUCAUUCUCAUUAGGUUGGGGUGAAGAAGAAAAGACCCCGCCUAUGACUGAGGAAGAAAGAAAGAAGAAAGAAGAGGAAGAGAAAAAGAAAAAGGAAGAGGAAGAAAAGAGAAGACAAGAAGAACUAAGCAGAGCUGCUGCUCCUCAACCUAGAGCAAGAGCUCCACCUGGCGGCCACAGUAGCAUUCAAUUUGGUUAG